AUGGCACCUCGUGAAAAAAGCUCGCUCAAACGGGCCAGACAUAGUGCAGGUGCCGAUUCGCAGGACUUGAAGAAGCCCCGGCGCUCUCAGAGAAUCUCGAGCCAGCAACAGCAACCUGUGGAAACACCAGUCAAUCAUGACUAUCUACCCACUCCGCUAACUCAUGGGAACUCGACUGCGACGGACAUCCGCAACGAACUCACAGCCACUCCACCAGGCAGCCCGAGUCGUCAUGUCCGUCAGCACACCCCGUCGAAUACAGAAUUAUCCCCAGCCUAUUCCUCGCCACCGGACGAAGUGGAUGAUGAGAGUGCGGAGGGAGUCUGGGGAUACCUCAUCCCGCUAGAUGAUAGCGUGAGCGGCGCUUUCGUCCUGAAACAGCGCGAUGGGUGCGUCAAAUCCGACACGAAGCCCCAGACAAGCAAGCAAGGGAACGGCCGCGCGCCCGGAGGCUACCUGGUCGGCCGACAUCCCGAAUGUGACCUGGUGAUCAACAUCCCGACGAUCUCGAAUCGACAUUUCCUUCUUUUCUCUGAGAAAAGGAAAGGUGACGUGGUCGCGAUGCUGGAGGACCUUUCCAGCAAUGGGACCUUCGUGAAUGAUGCGAUUGUCGGACGAAACAAACAUCGUGAGCUCGAGGAUCGGGAUGAGGUUUCAAUUCUGAAUGAAGCACGGUUUGUCUUCCGCUAUCCGCGUACGCGAGACACAAGUGGUUUCCGCCAGCAGUACCGGAAACUUCAGCAGCUUGGUAAGGGCCACUUUGCUACGGUUUACCUGUGUGCGGAUCGAACGACGGGGAAGCAGUAUGCCGCAAAGGUCUUUGAAAAACGCCCGGGAGAUUCGCAAAAAUCCCAGUCUCAGAACGAGACCUUGCAGCAGGAGAUCGCUCUUCUGAUGGGGGUUAAUCACCCCAACCUUCUUUGCCUGAAGGACACCUUCGAUGAGAGUGACGGUGCUUAUCUUAUCCUGGAGCUAGCCCCCGAGGGUGAACUUUUCAAUUUGAUUGUGACCAAGCAGAAACUGAGUGAGGCUGAAACUCGCCACGUGUUCCGUCAGCUGUUCGAGGGAUUGAAGUAUUUGCACGAUCGAGGGAUUGUGCAUCGGGACAUCAAGCCUGAGAACAUCCUUGUAUCAGACAAGAAACUGACCGUCAAGCUGGGCGACUUUGGUCUUGCUAAGAUUAUUGGAGAGGAUUCCUUCACCACCACACUCUGCGGUACACCCAGUUAUGUUGCGCCGGAAAUCCUGCAAGAGACUCGUCGGCGACGGUAUACUAGGGCCGUGGAUGUUUGGUCGCUGGGUGUUGUUCUUUACAUCUGCCUCUGCGGCUUCCCACCUUUCUCCGAUGAAUUGUGUACCCGAGAGAACCCAUACACUCUGGCGCAGCAGAUCAAGAUGGGCCGUUUCGACUACCCGUCCCCUUACUGGGAUUCCGUGGGGGAUCCCGCUCUAGACCUGAUCGACAAGAUGCUCACGGUGGAUGUGGAGAAACGGAUCACGGUGGAUGAGUGUCUUGAACACCCUUGGCUUACCGAAAAAUACCCUAGCGUCAACGACAGCACAGAUGGCCUAACCGGAGCGCUCGACAAAUUGGACUUCUCCAAGCGUAAGAUCGAGCGGGAGCGUACGAUGCUGAGCAGUAUCAACGACGUCCACUUUAGCGAGCAUGUGGAUGGUGGCAGCACCCCGGUCAAGGUCUAUCACAAGAAUGAGGCUGGGAAGCGAGUUCACAAUCGAGCGGCCAAGGCGUCGCGUCGCGAACCUUCCCCUGGCAACAAUCAUGAUCCUCAGGACUUUGUGAACCUGGGCCAAUCCGGAGAUCCCGCCCUCUACGACGAAGAACCUACCAGUCGGUACCGGUGA